AUGGAUGAAUAUCCAGGCAGUGCUCUCCACUAUGGGCACGUAGGACGGGCAGUCUACCUUCCUGAGGAGGAGGACUGGACAUUUACUCGCUCUUUUGAUAGGCCUCCAUCCAUCCAGUAUACCGGAGUGACCAAGACAAAAAUUCCGUCACCUUUUCCUCCAACCAAAGCUCGACCAAUACCCAGAGUACCCCAGAAAAACCCCAGGAAAGUGAUCACAGGAGCCCAUCCUGAUCUGGCGGCAUCAUGGUCUUCCAUUCGCGAUGAACCUUUGUCUAAAGCUGUUAUGAAUACUGUCGAGCAUUAUGAUCCAGAGAUCUCUGCGCUUUUUGAUGUCGGUUAUGCGGUGGAUCAAAGGCGUCAUGACAAAAGGCUGCGCUCAGUUCCAAUUGCGGUGGCUGUGACCGGAGAAUGUCGUAAUAUAAUCUCAUUUCGAACCCUGGAGGAGGAAAUUUUGGAGUUGACCUCUCCAAAGAAGUUAGCAUUUCGUGCUCCAUCAAUCAAUGACGCUGAAAUGUCUGAAUGGUCUAAGGAUGGUGCGCCGAUACGUCAAGUACACUUUGCACGCCCCUUGGAGGAGAAGCCCGUGUUCAUGGCCGCUCGUCUCUCCAAAGGGACUACAAUAUUCCGACCUCUUUACCACUGGGAUCCUGCGCCUAUGCGCUUACCGGAAGGUGGUAUGCCGGGAUACGCUGCCCCCUUAAAAAACUCUCGGCUAGAUGCGAAUCCAAUCGUGGAGAUAUCUGCGUCGCGAACAGGUGGCGUCUCACAUGCCGAUGUGACAUUCAACCCCUGGUAUCAGAGACAAUUCGCCAUUGUAGAUACCAGAGGCAAGUGGAGUGUUUGGGAGAUCACCGGCAGGCAGCGACUCCAGCGAGCCACUUGGUCUACCGAGCUUGUCAAAUCAGGCUCGUUACCCUUGCGGGAUUAUAAGCGGAAACACAGUUGUCCUCGGCUUGAUGGCUGGGCAUCUAUCGAGUGGGUCCAUAAUGUUGGAUCGGUAGUUGUCGCCAAUCGUCGCAGUGUCAUAAUCUAUGCCAUCACAGAUGACCAGAUUCAACCACGCACGGUUGAGCUGGGAAUGGCAAAGCAAUCUGAGUGGGUUUUGGGCGUUCAGAGAAACACACGCAAGCCAUCACAGUUCUGCGUUCUGACGACAACUCGAAUAUUGUGGUUUGAUCUCGGAGCACUACCAGGCGAAGAUGAUACAAGUCUUUCUUUAUAUCCUCAAGUGUCCUGGAGGCACUUUCGAGACCCCGAAGACACGACUUUGCAACUUAGCGAUGUAGUCGUAUACGAAGAUUUGUAUCUUGUUCUGUAUUCUGGGAUCACUCGGCUGGUACAAGUAUUCCCAUGUCCCUUUAUAUCCGACGAUCGGACUGAGUCUAUAUCUGUACCCGAUCCCUGGGUGUUAGAUGUGCCCCUGUUGGCGGAGAUACCGCCCACUAAACGUGAUUCUGUCGUGCGAUUCUCGAGAUUCGUGUUUAGAGAGAUUGCGCACUCCGUUACACCCAUGGGUAGAAAUUUCUAUGACGCCCACUUGCCAUUGAUCAAGCUUUUCUGGAUGGAUUCCGAUUUUGCCGUUCACGAAUCUACUUUCACAGGUCCACGCGGAGAUCUAGACGAGCCGGACUUGUACCGUGAAGGUAGUACCUUGCGGUUGAGAAGGCGUUAUGCUCCGACAUCAUACAUCAGACCCACUGAUGACUUUCUUGUGGAUGAUUGGGACGAAUCAGCGACACAGCAAACGAUUGUUCGUCGUUGCAAGCCCAAAAUGUCCCGCGUCAAUCCAAGGUCAGCCUUGCAGUGGACCUUGGAUUUUUCUGGCGUCUACCAAAUAGCGAUAGGGAAAAUGGAAAUUCGUCAGAAAAAGCAAAAGAAGAGACAAAAUUCGAGGCCAAGGACACUUGCUGGGUUGAUGGCAAUUUUACAAGACGAAAUGAAGAAUGGAUCGAAGCGACCUCCAGGCAGGACCUUGGUGGAAUUGACCGGCAGGAGAAUUUUGGCAGAGGGCCUUGAUGAAAGUGCAGAUGAUGUGAAACGACUCAUUUCAGCACUCGUGCCCGAACACCCGAACCCUGACGCUCAUUGUCGGUAUAUGCUUCUGCCGCUCCCACUCCCAAACAGGGGUUAUGGUAUGCCAGCCAGAAUAUCAGGGAAACCAGGCAGGGAUCUUCUAAAUACCUAUGAUCAAAUGGUCGAUGAUUGGAUGUCGACCCUGCCUCGUGUCAUCCCCGUGCAGACCCGACUCAUGAAAGAGAGAGUCAUUCGGGGAGUUGCUGCUGAUCUCAUCCUUUCACGCCUAGUCAAAAUGUCUACUUCGCUAGAUAGCGCUAUGCUGUCCAAGCCCGCAGAUCCCGUCCAAGACAGAGCAAAUGAGAAAGCCGCGGCACAUAACAAAUACCUGCAAUCGACCUACUUCGCAUUAUUAUCAUCACAGAUGUCUGGUAGCCAGUCAAAGGCCAAAAGCCGAGGCUUUGAAUCCAGACGGGAGAAGAUACCAGUCCAGCAAUCCAAGUACACCGCAGUCCCAGUCUUUGGUGGUCUCUCAGCCUUUGUCAAAUUCAAGACUCCUCCACGCCCACCACGACGAAAUGCGGCAAACCUCCUCUCCCACUGGCCGGUGGGAACCAACCCCAAACACUAUGAAUGGGAGAGGAUCGAAGACGAGGAGACGCGGAAUUCAAAGGCACGCACGUCCAAGAACAGACGAAAGAAGCGCUCCCAGACUCGUGACCAAUCCCUCCCUCCGACUCCGGCAGUUCCUAUGGUCCGAACAUGGGGCAGUCAGCCACUCGCGCCUUCUCGCAUCAACAGUAGUCAGCCCGAUAUGUCAAUGACUCAGAUGGAGCGAGGAGUUUUUGGAACCCGUGCACUCAAGAAACCGAAAAAGAAGAGACAAGCAGGAUUUUAG